AUGCCGUGGAAGGCCCGUACUGCCUAUACUGCCCGCAUGCUUCUGUUUUGGGUUGGACAAGAGCGUACUGCUUGCGCUUGCGAAUAUAGAACCUGGAAGCAAGAGAGUUAUGAUCUGAGAAGCGGCUGGGGUUGUUUUGGUUUCGGCACAUAUACUAGCCAAGGUGGUAUACCAGACUGGAACGGUCGUACUGAUGGCCGGUCCCCAAGUGUGGGAGUCGACCGCGACUGUUGCCCCGGCUGCCGCGCCCAGAGCAAAAGUGUAUUCCAAUUCAGCGGCCAGAUCGCAGUCGCGGCUGUCACCGGCGCCGUGGCCGACAUCGACUUCCACCCCGAAAUCAGCAACGUCAAAGGCAACUCCGUCGUCGAGCUUGAUAUGGACGCCGGUACCAAUAUCAACCUCCUCGUCUGCGAUCAGGACCAAGUCAACGCCGAACACGACUCCCACCUCAAGGCCCGGAACAGAGAACCCCUCAGGAGUUUCGGUCCUGAAGAGAGGAUACGUAUACAGCUCCAAGUCGUCGAACUCGAGAUGCACCUGCGCGUCUGGGAGAGCAUUGAUGGCAUCUAG